UUUCGUGUGGGGGCGCUGCAUGUGGGUGGUGCUGCUGUGCCUGGUGUGGGGCGCCACAGGGCGUACGCCGUUUGCGGCAAAGGAUUCGCGUCUAAUCCGCGUGCGAGGCGACGUGAUCCUGGGCGGCAUCUUUCCAAUGCAUGAACAUCACCAGGCCAACCCCGAAUACCCGUGCGGCGCCGUAAAGGAGGAAAAAGGCAUUCAGCGCCUUGAAGCCAUGUUAUUCGCCAUCGACCUUAUUAACAACGAUCCGCAACUCCUGCCCAAUAUUACGCUCGGGGCCUUAAUCAUCGACAGCUGCAGCAGCGAUACUUAUGCGCUGGAGCAAAGCAUGGAGUUCGUGCGAUACUACAUGAAUCAAGAUAUGAGUGAAUACAAGUGCGAAAACGGUCGUCCGCCCAUCUAUAUUCCGCACAAACCAGUCACCGGCGUUAUUGGGGCCUCUUUCAGCGUCGUGUCAAUUAUGGUAGCCAACAUUCUUAGACUCUUUAAGAUUCCACAGAUAAGCUACGCGUCUACGAGUACAGAAUUGUCAGACAAGUCUCGAUUCGAGUACUUUAGCCGUGUUGUGCCACCGGACAAUUUUCAAGCAAUGGCAAUGGCGGAGAUUGCAAAAGCACUAGACUGGCGUUACGCAUCUACGGUGGCAGUUGAAGGUGAUUAUGGUGAGAAAGGAAUUUCCAGCUUUAUCAACAUUGCAGCCCAAUUGGGAAUUUGUGUUGCCGUCAGCGAAAAAAUUUUGCGAAAUAGCAAAGCAGAAGACUUCGAUCGCAUUAUCGAACACCUGAUUCAGAAACCGCAGGCUCGCGUGGUAGUUAUGUUUGUGGACGAGGAUAAUGUACGCAAACUGUUGCAGGCAACAAUUAGGGCAAAUAGAACAGGACAUUUUUAUUUUAUCGCCAGCGAUUCAUGGGGUGCAAAAGUUUAUCCAGUGCGUGACCAGGAGUUUGCUGCUGUAAAUACAAUUACAGUGUUGCCGCAUCGUACCAAUCUUGCCGCUUUUGAUGAUUACUACCUGUCACUCAGGCCACGAUUGCCCCAUACCCCAUGCACCACAGACAGGUUUGCCACUAGCUCGCUUGGAACAAUCGUAAACUGCCGCAAUCUCUGGUUUAACGAAUUUUGGAGCCAACAUCACAAAUGUAGCUUUGCAUCAAACAGCCAAACGCCUUGUACAGGUGCCGAAGGCGUGCACGGGUAUGAGCAGGAGGGGUUGGUGCCCUUCGUAGUAGACGCCGUAUACGCAAUGGCAUACGCUAUAGACUCACUCAUCAGGGACGUUUGUGGGAGUCCAGAAUUAUGUUCAGAACUACAACCAGCGCCAUUAGGCCUAAACCUGCUCAAGUAUAUCCACAAUGUGUCCUUUGUUGGUUUACAAGGUACUAAGGUACGCUUCAAUCGAGAUGGUGAUGCAUAUGGCUUCUACAAUGUCUACCAGUACCAGAGGACAGGAAAGCGCUACGAUUAUGUUCAGAUUGGAACAUGGAAGGAAGGGUUGGACCUCAAUUUUGACAGCUUGCAAUGGAUUGGAGGUCAUCCGCGAUCAUUGUGCAGUGAACCAUGUCCCAUAGGACAUGUGCGCAACUACCAGGAUCAAUGUUGCUGGGCGUGUGUUAAGUGCCGGGAAGACGCUUUUGUGAACAAUGACACAUGUAGAACAUGCGAGCCCGGCUGGGCCCCAAAUGAGGGCAAAAAUGGCUGCGAUAAGCUCACACCUGAGGUAAUCGACUGGCUGAGUCCCUGGGCGAUCGUUCCUCUUGUUUUCUCUGCCUGUGGAAUACUCAUCACACUCUUUACGGGUUGCGUCUUCAUAAAAUAUAAUAAAACACCGGUUAUCAUGGCGUCAGGUCGUGAACUGUGUUACGUUCUUCUGGUGGGAAUUCUGACAUGCUACUGCAUGAGCUUUGUGGUUCUAGCGCGCCCUACUGUGUACAGGUGCGCGCUGCUGCGUGUUGGCCUGGGACUGUGUCUCAGCAUAUGCUACAGUGCUAUCUUUACGAAAACAAAUCGCAUCUCCCGUAUCUUUAAUCGCGGCGUUAAGAGUGUUCAGCGUCCUAUUUACACGUCUCCGUUAUCUCAGAUCACAAUUUCCCUCAGUGUGGUUCUAGUGCAACUGGUAGGCAGUAUUGGAUGGCUUUUAAUUGAGCAACCUGACAUCCGGGAGAUUCACCCGUUUCCACUCAGCUCUGUGCUCACGUGUAAAGUGAGCACUUUUUCACUCAUUAUGUCGCUCGUGUACAACAUGAUCCUCAUCAUCUUAUGUACAUUGUACGCCUUCAAAACACGCAAAAUCCCAGAAAACUUUAAUGAGGCCAAAUACAUUGGAUUCACCAUGUACUCCACCUGUAUCGUGUGGCUCGCGUUUUUACCUAUUUACUUUGGCACCAACAAUGAUUAUAAGAUUCAGAUCUCCAGUAUGUGUAUGUGUCUGAGUAUCAGUGCCUCCGUGGCUCUGGGUUGCCUCUUCACGCCUAAAGUCUACCUCGUGCUCUUCCAGCCAUAUAAAAACGUCCGACCUGGUAAUGGGAAUCAGCGCGGCGGCGAAAAUAAUCGCAUGCCAUAUAGCAUGAGAUUUGGAGGAGUUCGAUCACAAACUAUGCAAUCAAUGGCAAGCUUAUCCAAGUCUAGUCCACAGACGGUUCAUCGCAGCCUCACAGAUGACAAUGUGGCGGUAAUAACGCCGACAAACAUUGAAGAUAGCAGUAUUACGUAGAUUGAUGAAAAUUAAGCGUGGUUUAAGUAACCCAAUUUACGAUUUUAGAUCAAUUUUUCUGCUCAACAUUUAUUCGUAAUCUGUCAGUCACCAUUUCUCAUCUGCAAGAAGAGUAUCUCUAAAGUAAAAUUGCAGUUGUGAGUGAGCGGAACGGAGAAAUCGAUAAGCAAAUCAGAGUUAUAUUUGAAAAAUUUAUAAUUGAGAUAUAAUACACCUUAAAAAUGUCAACUGUAGACGACAAAGAUCACUAAAAUUUAAGGAAUUGAUAGAUCAAAAUUCUCUUGAAACCCCCAUUUUUCUCAUCUCAAAAGCAGAGGCAAUUAAAUAUGUGCUGUGUUUUAUCUAAACAGUUUUUAAAUGGUCCUUAGAAACGUGUGUAGAUUGUAGUGCUCACAGAAAUACUGGUGAGAGGAUUACAAAAAAAACAGUGAAUAAAUAAAGUUAAACAGAGUGUCCAUAGAUUAGGGAAGAAAACUGUAAGAAUAGUUUUAGGCAUGGGCUCAUUCAUGUCAGCGAUCCAAACCAAACCCACCGUCAAGUGAAGACAUAAAAAAUGUAU